AUGAAGUUAUCCACAGCCAGCUUAGUGUCACUCGCUGCCCUCGUGGGCUCUUCCGAAGCCACAUGGGCUUUAUUCGAAGAUUUGUUCAAAGAUUGUGCUCCAAAACACGUGAAGCCAAUCUGUAAAAUUAAGGACAUCUUUUGUGAUACCGAUGACUCAAACGAAUCAUCAGUUAGUGCCCGUGAUGGUGGAUCUGUCAACUUCAAAGCCGCUUUCGUUGUUUCUGGUGCUGAGAGAAAUGAUGAUGGUACUUACAACGUUGUUGCUAAUUACGAAGCUGAUCAAUCUGAUCAAUUGCAUCAGUACUUUGGUGGAGACAUUGACCUGUUGUCACUUACUGGUACCGGUUGUGAUGAUGUUCAUCUUUAUGGAAAAAGUGCUUCCGAUUCCGUUGAAAACGCUUUCAAAUGGUCUACUAAAUUCCAAUGUAAACCAAAAAUCAAGAAUGGGAAAUGUUGUCUUCCAGAUGGGUUCUCAGUCGGUUAUGAUUUCUCAGAAUCUGGAUCAUCUUGGGAUGCUUUGAAGUCAGUCUUUGGCCUGAAAUCAUGUCUGUAUGGCAUAAAUACCCAAUGGAGCUUUGUUAAAUCUUUUGAUCCAUAUGCUUUGCUCAAUAAGGAAUUGUCAUUGUUUAAGAGAGAUGAAGUUGUUGAAGGUGUUGACGGUUCCACUACCUUUGACAAGAGAACUUUAGGAUUCUUGCUCGAUUUGUUAGGGAAAUGUACCACUAAGAAGAAAAUUAUUAAGCAGUUCUGUUGGGAUUGUGAGUGUCCAUCUACAUCUAGUAGCUCAACUGUGCCACCAAGCACUUCGUCGACUCCACCAACUGAAUCAUCAACUCCACCAACUGAGUCCUCAACUCCACCAACUGAAUCAUCAACUCCACCAACUGAGUCCUCAACUCCGCCAACUGAAUCAUCAACUCCACCAACCGAGUCCUCAACUCCACCAACUGAGUCCUCAACUCCACCAACUGAAUCAUCAACUCCACCAACCGAGUCCUCAACUCCACCAACUGAAUCAUCAACUCCACCAACUGAGUCCUCAACUCCACCAACUGAAUCAUCAACUCCACCAACCGAGUCCUCAACUCCACCAACUGAGUCCUCAACUCCACCAACUGAGUCCUCAACUCCACCAACUGAAUCAUCAACUCCACCAACCGAGUCCUCAACUCCACCAACUGAGUCCUCAACUCCACCAACUGAGUCCUCAACUCCACCAACUGAAUCAUCAACCACACCAACUGAAUCUUCUGGUAAGCCAUCUGAAUCAUCAACCACACCAACUGAAUCUUCUGGUAAGCCAUCUGAAUCAUCAACCACACCAACUGAAUCUUCUGUUAAGCCAUCUGAAUCAUCAACCACACCAACUGAAUCUUCUGGUAAGCCAUCUGAAUCAUCAACCACACCAACUGAAUCUUCUGUUAAGCCAUCAGAAUCUUCAGGCAAAACAACUACUGAAUCAUCAACUGAAUCUUCUGGUAAGCCAUCUGAAUCAUCAACUGAAUCUUCUGGUAAGCCAUCUGAAUCAUCAACUCCUUCGGGACCAACAGAUACUGUCACCACACACUCAACAACUGUUGUCACAAUCACUUCUUGUUCUGAAGACAAAUGUGAGACUUCAACUGCCACCACUGGAGUCACUGUUAUCACCGAAGGUACUACAAUCUAUACCACCUACUGUCCAUUGACUGAAGAAGAAACCACUUCAACUGUACCAACUUCAAAGCAGACGCCAAUUCCAGAAACUACCUCAACUACUGCAGAAACCACUGUGCCAACUAAAGGUGGUGAAUCAGAAACCGAAAAUGUUCCAAGUACUUUGACUACUACUACUGCUGCUCCUUCUUCGUCUGCACCAACUGGUGAAGGUGAAGCUUCGAAAUCAGAAGGUGAGUCACAAACCACUGCUGCUCCUCCAGCUAGUGAAGGUGAAGCUCCAAAAUCAGAAGGUGAAUCCCAAACUACUGUUGCUCCAACCGGUGAAGCUCCAAAAUCUGAAGGUGAAUCUCAAACUACUGCUGCUCCAACCGGUGAAGCUCCAAAGUCUGAAGGUGAAUCUCAAACUACUGCUGCUCCAACCGGUGAAGCUCCAAAGUCUGAAGGUGAAUCUCAAACUAUUGCUGCUCCUUCUUCAGCAGCACCAGAAGGUGAAGCUCCAAAGCCUGAAGGUGAAUCUCAAACUACUGCUGCUCCAACCGGUGAAGCUCCAAAGUCUGAAGGUGAAUCUCAAACUACUGCUGCUCCAACCGGUGAAGCUCCAAAGUCUGAAGGUGAAUCUCAAACUGUUGCUGCUGAAUCAUCAUCUGUCCCAGAAGUUUCCCAAGUUCCUUCCGAAAGUGCCAAUGAAACUACUGCUGCUGUAUCAACAUAUGAAGGUGCUGGUGCUAGAAACUCGGUAGGAUUACUUUUGGUGGGUGCUGCUGCCUUGUUGCUUUAA